ACCUCCAUUAUUAUUUUGCGGCACGUUUCUGUCAUCUAUGGUCCCAAGUCCCUGGCGGGAAUAGAAAACAAACCUAUAAUCUAACUUGUAGAAAGUUUAAUGUAUCGUUAUUGUAGUUUGUUAUGACAGCAUUCCGUAUUUUAUUCUGCCUACUUUUACGCUAAAUUGUAAAGGGAACAAGAUAGCAACGAUGCCUGCCCCUCCACCGGACCCCAAAUUUUUGUUGCGCGGCGAUAUGGGUGAAAAUGUACACAGUUUGUUAUUUUCGAUUAAUUCUAAUAUGGAACAUCUUUAUGCUGGCGAUGGGAAAGGCACAGUUCAUAUUUGGGAUUUAAAGAUAAAUAGGAUAAAAAGUCGAUUAUCAGAUGGAGACAGCCCAUGUUUUAAUUUGCACUCAACUAGUGAAGCUGACUUAAUAGUACAACGGAGACAUGGUAUAAUCGAUAUAUAUAACACAAGCGAAUCAAAUUGGAUAUUAAAUAAGAGUGUUAACUAUAAAUAUUGCAGUUUCUGCAGAUCUCAGUUAUUGCCUGAGAAGGAUGCAAUAUUGAUCCCGCUUGAUUCCUCGGUAGUAGGGAUGUUAUCAUUGAAAACUCUCAAUGUAGAAUCGACAUUAGAUCCUUCCAAACUGUCCUACCAUAACCAGUUAGGUACGGUGAUGGCAGUAAAACCACUAAGACACAUGAAUGAAUUGAUUCUAAUUGCUUAUGAAGGUGGACAAUUAUUAUUGUGGGAUAUGAAAAAGCAUGAUGUCCUUAGUUCUCUUAAUGUAGAACACUUUCCAAUGACUUUCGAUUUUGAUGUCUCUUUAAUGCAAGGAAUUCUUGGUAGUGCGUCAGACAAAUUGGAGAUUUUUGGAAUGUCGCCGAGUCAUGCUUUAUCUCACAAGUCUACAAAAAAUUUGAGUAAUGUUUCUGGCAUAUCCGUGCUCUCCGUAAGACCAGAUAAGAAGAUAGUUGCAGCCGGUUGUUGGGACGGACGCAUGAUGUUAUUCUCAUGGAAAAAAUUGCGGCCACUUGCGAUAUUAAAGGAACACAGGGAAAGCAUAUACGAUAUUGCUUAUUCGAAUCGUGAAGUUGAGGCUUAUGAUACUAAAUGUUUAAUGGCAGCAACAGGCAAAAAUGGCUAUAUAUCUCUGUGGGAUAUAUAUAAUUAAAUUGUAAAUAUAUACAUAUAGUGUAUUUGUAUAAAAAAUGUAUAUAAAUUUUUAUAUUAUAUAAUUAAGCAGUCUAUCAAAUGUUUUCUAUGAUGAUGCGUAUAUUGAAGGAAAAAUUGAAGGGAAAUUAUUGUAUUUAU